AUGUCGACGAAUACGAGACGCUACCGGUCCUCGACCUCCGCGUCCACCCCGGCAGCGGCCAAUCUAAAAUCGACCCAAGUUCUGCGAGCUCUCCUCGACGGACUGGCCAGCCAGAUCAACGUCUCUGCCGACAAUGGAUACCCCGAAAUCACCAAACUCACCAAGAGCCUCAAAGACGUCGCAGACCAAAUCUCGGGACCCAAUACACCGACGCAGCAAGAUGCCUUCCGGCAGGCCGGCGGCUUCGAGGCCGUCUUCAAUAUCCUGCGGAGCUUCUCCGGAUUCUAUGACCCCGAUAAAAGAUCCAACAAACAAAUGAUUACGCUGUUCCAAUUGCUCGGGGCUACGCUCGACGUGCUCGCGGCGGCUCUGCAUAGCCACUCCGGCAACAAGCGCUUCUUCAAAUUCCGUGUCGAAGGCGGAGGAUGGGAGGCCCUCGAGCAGGCCAUUGCCAGCAUUGGCCUCGGCGGUGUCGAACCCAAUCCCUGGGUCAGCUGCCAUGUUUUUGGAAAGCUCUUUGCCUUUUCCCUUGGUGAUGACGCCAUCGACCUCCUCUUCCAGUCAAUCGCCGAAACCCUGCGCCACGACAACGAGCGAUCCGCCGACCAGGCGGAAGAUACAGAACCAGACGACCAAUGGGAUCUUGUCCUCGCCAAAUCCAUGGAGUCGAUCGGCCCCAAAGUCCGCGAAUUGGUUCAAACGACGACUCGAGUCCAGUAUCCAGAAAUGCUCCGUGCCAUUGUUAGCUUCUGGUCCUCUCUCCCCCGUGACAACGACUCUGCCGCCACACCCGCGUCUCUCUUGGUCCUCGAGACCAUUCUCCGUGCUGCCGAGGUGCUGACAUAUAACUGUGCCGCGAUUCACUCUACCGGUGUCAUGUCCCAGUUUCUGCGCGUCGCCUUCUCCCCAAAUACGCCUUUGACCGAUUCUGAACGUAAAAAGGUCAUGGCCAUUUGCCGCCGGCUCAUGUUCUUCGGAGUCGAUAAGCCGGCCGACACCCAAUUCCUCCUCUCUGUGCCUGGCUCAGAAGCCUCCGAAUUCUGCCUCGAAAUGAUGGGCAAAUACCAUGGCCCUGCCUUUUUCAACUUCGAUCUUUCCUUGUACGGACAUUCAUCUCUCGAGCUUCCUAGCCUUGGACGCCCAUUCCCGCCCCAAUCUUCCCCUGGCUACACAUUUACGGCCUGGAUCUGGAUCGACCACUUUGAUCCGGCCGCCCACACUACUCUGUUUGGUGCCUUUGAUGCUUCCCAAACGUGCUUCGUGCUCAUGUACCUGGAGAGGGAUACACACAAUUUUAUACUACAGACAUCUGUAUUUUCCAAUAAACCCAGCAUACGCUUCAAAUCCACCGAGUUUCGGGCCAGGCAAUGGUACCACAUCGCCAUCGUCCACAAGAGGCCGCGGACCAUGACGGCAAGCCGCGCAGCCUUGUACGUCAAUGGAGAGUUCUGCGAGCAGAUGCGAUGUAACUAUCCCUUGACCCCGCCACUGUCCAAUAACAGCAACGAGAGCUUCGCAUCAUUCAACUCUGGACAGAACAAAACCAAUCCCGUACAGGCUUUCAUCGGAACUCCGAAGGAGCUCUCUGGUCAACUCGGCACAGGGCUUGUAUCUUCACGAUGGUCAUUAGCAUCUGCACAUCUUUUCGAUGACGUGCUCGGCGACGAUUUCCUGGCUGUUCAUUAUGGUCUGGGUCCUCAUUAUCACGGAAAUUUCCAAGACACAUUGGGCGGGUUCCAGACCUAUGAGGCGUCCGCUCAGCUAGGACUCCGUAAUGAGAUUGCGCAUCCUGGCAAGGACGAAACUUCUGACAUUCUGAAAGCAGUCCGAGACAAGGCGAGUGUAAUUCUGCCAGAGUCAAGAGUUCUACUCAGCAUCCUUCCAUCUGCGACACUUCCAGAAAAUGUCCAAUUUCUGGACACAGGUCUCCUGCGCUCCCUCCCGCGAUCCGCUGCCCGCGCUCUCUUCAUGGCUUCAAAUAAAGAUGGCGCUCCUCUAGCCAUCAAUUCCGCCGUUCCCAACAUUGCCGACGCCCUGUUCAAGCCUCAAGGAAUUGCAUCAUUCCGAGGCAGCCCGACAAUCGCAUUGCCAUCGUACCUGGACGAGAAUCUCUGGCGCCUUGCUGGGUUUACCUCGCUGGCGCUGAAACUGCUAGAAAGGGCCACAUCUGUUGAAGAAACCAUUCGCUCCCUGGAAAUCAUGUUUCACUGUAUUCGCACAAGCUGGAGGAAUAGUGAAGCCAUGGAACGUGACAACGGCUAUAGUAUCCUGGCCAUGUUACUUCGGUACAAAAUGGGCUAUGCGAGUGGGCUGGCUACCGAAUUCUUUGCCAUCAAGCUAUAUCUCUCUGCCGAGGAACGUGACAGUCUGGCCUUCAGAGUGCUGAGCCUUGUACUUGGGUUCGUUGGCUACAACCACGAGAAUCCCCUCGACUCACUGAUUGUCAACCCGCUCGCCUAUCGAAUACUGCUUAUCGACUUGGAUCUGUGGCGCAAAUCUGCACCUCGCAUACAAGAAUUAUACUACAAGCAAUUUGUCACCUUUGCUGUUAAUAGCAAGCACCAUGAAUUCAACAAUAGGAGGCUGAUACGGAUGCGAAUUGUGAAACGGCUGUUAGAUGCCAUGAAAGGCGAAGCCAUUCCGGAAGAGGUUCUACCACACUUCAUGCAAACAUUUGAAGUGCUGGUAAAAUCUAACUUGGGCCCCGAAGUCAUGCGGUCACUAUCGCUCUUCAUCACAUACGCAUUCCACGUUCCGAGCCCCCCGACUUCUAGAGCACUGCGCCCGCUCUCCUCAGUUUCCAGACCGACUACCCCAAGCUUGAUGAGAAGACAAACUGGAGAUGGUAGCGGUGCAAGCAGCCCACUAUCAGGAGUCAAAUACCUCACUAAAAAGCAACUCGGCACCCGGGUACUGAGUAUUUACUCUCGUAUUCUUUGCGAAAAAGGAAACCUCAACUACAUUCGCAAGUUUGCCAAGACAGUCACAAACAAGUGGCUGUUGUACCUGCUUGCUGAAAACGACAAAGACAUUCUUCUGCAGGGUGCGACCAUUCUAUCGAGACUCUUGGUUGCUCAUGGCUCGGCGUAUACUUCAAAGUUCGCCAGCAAGUCUGCAGGCUUUGCCAUCAUGGCAAAUCGAUUGAAGCGAUUCUGGUACAGCGCUGCACUUUGGCCUGUGGUUCUAAGCCUAAUGUUUGGCGUCGACGUGGCAGAACUUGACACGGAUAAGUGGCUCGACACAAGUCAUCUACUUGCUGUCUUUGGUAGCCGAAAGGUCAUGUACCCGGAUGCCUCUGUCAUUAUUACAUCGAUGUUUCAGCAUGGCCUGAAUGAUGGUCUCAAGCAAGACAACAAUGUAUCAGAGCCAAGUCUUGAUCCAGAGCACCGGCCAGUGUCAUCGGCCGAGCCCGCAAAGACAGACACGGACGAGAUGACACGAGCCUUCCAAACCAGAAUGAACAUCGGACAGCACGCAGACCCUGUUUUCUUGCAAAAAAUGCUCAACCUCUUCCACGAGCUGUACGAGAAAUCGGCGGAUUUCAGAGACUUUGCCUCUGCUUCGGACUGGGUUCGACUCAUUCUUUCUAUGCUAUAUCCUGUUGUCGUCAGCAGCGAUGCAGUGACACCAGAUGUUGAAUUGCACUCUCGAGACUCGACCUUGAACUUUGACGGGAGCGAUGUAAUCAUUCGGCCCAUAGGAUUAGCCUCAGGCCGCCCGGCGCCAAUUGUGCGAACCACCAGUGUCGACUUGAGCGCCACUCCGCAGUCAACACCCCCGAAGGGAACUCUUCUUAAGCGUGCAUCCUCAUUCGUCCUUCUUACAACACAAGCUGUGCAGGAAGGUGAAAAGCAGCACGACUCGAUGUCUCGUCCAUUGAGCAGCGGCGGACAGUCCGACGACCUCGUCGAAAGCUUGCUGGGGCUUGCGAUCAAGGUCUUUAUGGACCAAAUCUUCAAGCGCAAGGAAUUCUCCGGAUUUGGACUUUUCACAAAAGUCCCACCUGGAUUCCAAGAGCACCAGGCUUACUUUGAGUCUUUUCUCUUGAAAAGGAUUGUCACAAACUCAACAGAACUCAUCAUGUCUAACCAAGCCAUGUUGUGUGAACCUAAGCUAAUCACAAAUAUGGCACGACUCUGCCUGCACCUGACAGAGGCAGUAUUCGAAGGAUGGUUUAUUGAUGGCGCUGAGGUGCUCAUUGACUUUGCAGGAAUGCUAUUGGAGUACCUGCAGCGACCAGAUGUUGCCAGCCUGAAAAGCGUUCGGCUGUGUAGUCAGUCCGUCACGCUCAUGCGUACGUGCCUACUGCGUGUAAUUCUGUUGAAGCUCUCCGACCUCGACAGGCCUGAGACGGCAGAAGCAGCUGCCAUGGAGUUCAUGGGCAAGCUCGCUUAUUGGCAAAUGUCAAUUUUGGGUUGCUUCGUGGCAGAGGAUGAGUACUUGAAGCUCUUUUGGUACCAGCUUUAUACUAAGCUCGUUGACGAGCGAGGUUCUGUUCGGCGGUCGGCUGCCAAUUUUCUUCGCAUCUUGUUGGUUGCGAAGCCCGACGCGUCUGCAGCUCUCAUUCGCUCUUUUAUGGUUCCCGGCCAGAAGCAAGUUCUUCAUGACUUUUUCAAAAUUACGGAAUUGGAUGACGACGUGUUCAUCGCGUGGGUGGACCAGAAUCGACCGUCUCUGGAUUCGCUGUUCUUUGGAGGUAUGGCAAAGACGUGGGAGAAUUUCGUCAGCAUCGAGAACAUGCGCACACAGGAGACGGCCAAGACGCGCUUCUCCAAACGAAGGGAUAAAUUGAAGCAAUGGUAUGUGGAAGGUGCUGCAAAAGACAAGCUUCUGGCAGAUCACGAGACUGGGAACAAGGGUUGGAUGAAGAGCAUAUACAACUCCGAGCACUUCAAGUACCAACGUCUCCUUCAAGAUCAGCAAGACGACCUGUCGUUCCUCAUCUCGGCAUACAAGAAAAUGGAGAUGGACCUGAGAAGGCCUGGCGCUGUUUUUAGCGACCCCAGACCUUUGAAAUGGAAGCUUGACCGGACCGAAGGGCGAAACCGUAUGCGUCUACGACUGCUGCCAGAUUUCUCUACAGAUAUGGAAAAGUACCGCUCCAAAGAGAAGGGAGUCGCAGCAGCAGCCUUACGAGUUAAUACAGCGGCGAGUAACUCGCCAAGCGCUGCGCCCGCUACGCCAACACUGGCCACAACGCCGGAGACGACCACACCCGGGGCCGCCACCGAAGCUGAUAGUGAGCUGUCACUGGAACAAGAAGAUGCUGGAUUUGCGCCGGAAGACGACUUUGAGCUCAUCGAGGAUCCAAAUGACGCCAAUGAUCUAGAUGAGAACUUUGAGGACAAGAACCGGAAGGUUAUGCGCCGACUGGAGCACGGCGACCAAGUUCAAGCAGCCUACAACGUUUCGCGCGUUACCGGACUCGAGGCUUGCGAAGGAAUACUCAUUAUCGGCAAAGAUGCACUGUACAUGAUGGACAAUGUGUUUCAGACAGCCACUGGAGACAUUGUCAACGUUUGGCAAGCCCCGUUGGAGGAACGCGACCCCUUUACGCGGAUUGUUACGGGGGCCAAGACUCUAGAGAAGCGACAAACAGCCGGAAAUCGGGACCAAGAGUCCAGGCACUGGAAGUGGCAGGACACCAUCAGUAUAUCGAAACGCCGCUUCUUAUUCCGUGAUGUCGCUAUCGAGAUCUUCUUCACCGAUGGCCGCAGCUACCUUCUCACUGCGAUCAACACGGCUGUCCGAGACGAAAUGUUUACCAAGAUGCUCUCCAAAGCGCCACACACCAGUGCUGCCCAUGCUUUGCCCAACCCAGAAGAUGCGUGGAGGCUGGAGGCCUUGAAAAACUUUGAUGAAUCGCAGCAAGGCAUUGGCUCCAAGCUGGGAACACUGUUUAACACGUCAUCAUGGAAUCCGCUCAUGAAGCGCUGGCAAAAAGGUGAAAUGUCCAACUUUCACUACCUCAUGAUGGUCAACACUAUGGCAGGCAGGACAUUCAACGACUUGACGCAGUACCCGGUGUUUCCCUGGGUUCUCGCUGACUUUACGAGCGAAGAGCUAGACUUGAACGACCCCGCCAGCUUUCGUGAUCUGUCCAAGCCUAUGGGUGCCCAGACCCAGGAACGAGUACAGGGCUUUGUUGAAACGUACAAUGCUUUGAAGGAGAUUGAACAAGCGCCGUUUCAUUACGGAACGCACUAUUCGUCUGCCAUGAUUGUUUCGUCCUACCUCAUUCGUCUGCCUCCGUUUGUGCAGUCCUACCUCUUGCUGCAAGGCGACAGCUUCGAUCACGCCGAUCGACUGUUUCAGUCAAUCCCAGAUGCUUGGAAGUCGGCGUCUUGCCGCAACAAGACGGACGUCCGAGAACUCAUUCCUGAAUUCUUCUGCUUGCCUGAAUUUCUGACCAACGUGAACGGGUACGACUUUGGCCGGCGACAGAGCAACGGCGUCAAGGUUGACAACGUCGUCCUGCCACCCUGGGCCAAGGGCGACCCAAAGAUUUUCAUAGCCAAGCAUCGCGAAGCCUUGGAGAGCCGAUAUGUGAGCGAGAACCUCCACCGCUGGAUCGAUUUGAUCUUUGGAUUCAAGCAGCGAGGCGAAGCGGCCGUGGAAAACUUGAACGUUUUCCAUCAUUUGUCGUAUGCCGGCGCCAGCGAUUUGGACCGCAUCACGGACGCGAAUGAGCGAGCUAUCACUGCGGGUGUCAUUCACAACUUUGGACAGACGCCGCACCAAGUGUUUACCAAGCCGCAUCCGCCACGCGAGAACGCAAAAUGCCCAGUAAAGCGGCUUGACUCGUCGGUGCAGGCGCUCAUGUGCCUCCCGAAUCCACUUAUAGAAUCGCAUGAACGUGUAGCUUCUCUCAUCUACGCACGGAAGUUGGAUCGAUUGCUGUGCGCUUCGCCAUUCCGCCUGAAUUUGCCGCCAUAUGACAAGUUCCUUGAAUGGGGUUAUGCCGACAACACAGUCCGCUUCUUCUUCAGCGACAACCGCAAGCCGGCUGGCCUGUUUGAGAACCUCCACAUUGGACAAAUCUCGUGCGCCGGCUUUGCGGACUCCAAAACUCUCAUCACAGCGGGGGAAGACUGUGUUGUUUCCGUGUACAAUGUCAUUACGAGCCCGGGCAAGACCGUUGAGCUUGUGCCCAAGUCUAGUCUGUUUGGACACAAGACGCCCAUCACGGCUAUUGCUGUCAGCAAGUCUUUUAGCACCUUUGUGAGCGUAUCAGCCGAUGGCCAGGGUCUGUUAUGGGAUCUGAACCAAUUGACGUUUAUUCGCAAGCUCCCGCUUGUGCGUCCAGUCGAGUGCGCGCGCAUCAAUGACGUGUCGGGCGAGAUUCUACUCUGCUCGGGACCGAGCGUCAUCCUGUACACACUGAACGGGUCUGUCAUACUGGACCAGAACGUCUGCCCAGACCCGGACGACUACGUGCACGCGUGCGCAUUUUACGAAGGCGCCGGCAACGAGUGGCUGGAGAACCAGCUCAUCUUUACUGGCCACAGCCGCGGCGUCGUCAACAUUUGGCGCAAGAGCCACAGCCGGGCCCGGUGGUCCUUGGAGCACCUCCGACGGCUGGACCACGUCGACUACAAGUCAGAUCGGCGCGACAAUGUCAGUGCGGGCAUCACCUGCAUCAGCCCGAUGCCCAACUGCGUGUACACGGGAGACGAAGACGGCAGAGUUUUUGAAUGGAAUUUUGCAGGCAGGGAUCGAUAG